CCUACAUACAAAGACGCGUGCUUCGUGUCACCAACUCGGGCAACAUCUAAACUCUCACAAAACAAGGUUUCUAAGCUUAGGUAUCCUACCGCCAAUACUCCUCAGCUUUCUCCUUCUUGAGUUCUUGAAAUCCAGUACACUUGCAACUUCAAACCCCCCCAAAGAUCACUACCAACUUUCCAAUAUGGCGCGACUAGCCCAGGCGCCCAUCACCCAGAAGCGAACCAUAUCCAGCCCGGAUUCCCUGCCAGAUCUUAACCGUCUCCUCGACCGCUUACAAGAGAACAUUCUCCAUGCCGAUGCCGAGAGAGAGCGACGACUGAGAAUAAGCGAGUAUGAGCGCGCUAAAGCUAGGGUCAACAUCGACUACGCCCGAUCGCUCCUGACAAAGCUAGAGCAUGAUGCGCUUACGAUCAAAGUACACACGCGACGACAGGAGGUGCAGAACGAUCUAAAUGGGAAGCGGGAGGUCCUCGAGCAAAUCACCGAGAGGUUUCGCGAGCUCGAGGAGAUCAGCGUGGAUAGUGACGAUGACAGUUCCGAAGGCGAGGAUUUGCUAGGCGAUAUCAUCCAUACCCCAAGCGAGAGUAUUGAGUCGACUUCGGCGGCGGGCCAACGGGGAGAUGAUACCGAUGAUGUAGAAGACCAGCAAAACGACGAGGCGGAGAUAGAGACAGAAGAGUCACCGUCUCUUAUUCCCGAGUCGCAAAUCCCAGACCAUCGCCAGCAGUCAUCCAGCGCAACGCAAUCACAUCAAGCGACAGCAACACCCUCAUCAGCACCAGAACCAACACCCUCAGGGCCAGGAACCAGCACAUCGCAGACCCUCCGGCCCCGCGGCAACGCCUCGCAACAACCCCCGCCGCCAGACACGGCCUCCACCAGCGCGCUGCGCACCCAACUCUUCGGCGCCCGGGCCGACCCAACCGCCAGCGCCGCCUCCACCACCACAGAAGCAAUCAUGGACCUCCACCGCGCCGAGCAAGACAAGCUCACGGAAUCGAUGGUCGGCAUGGCGCGCGCGCUCAAGGAGUCGUCGCACCGGUUCGCGUCGUCGCUGCGCGAGGACCAGGACGUGGUGCGCGCGGCCGGCACCAGCCUGGAGCGCAACGAGCGCGGGCUGGGCGCGGUCGCGGGACGCAUGGGCGCGCUGAGACGGCUGACGGAGGGCAAGGGCUGGUGGGGCCGGAUGAUGCUGUAUCUCUGGAUAGCGGGCUUGGCGGUUUUUGCCGUGCUGCUUGUUUUUGUGUUUCCGAAGUUGCGGUUUUAGGUGGGAGGGAGGGAAGGAAGGUGAUUGGCUGAGACAGAAAGGGGGGAGAGAAAAGAAGAAGAAGAAGAAGAGAAAAGGGGGUGAAGGGGAAAAAAAGGGGGAUUAAGG